AUGCAAGAUUAUCGCCCUAAUAUUUGUCCUAUUUGCCGUAAUGAAAAUGUACGAAAUACAAUAUCAAACGUUUCAGCAAGUAGCUCUACUGAAGCACAAAAUAUAGAAUGUGAUAAAAAUAGACGCAACGCUGAAAAUGAGAGUAAUGGUGAAACAACUGCAAACACUCGGAUUGAUCAAAAAGUCCAAAAAUUUAUAAACGAAAUUUUAAAUCCAGAUAUUGACGAAGUGGAAACAGAUGAAGAGAAUGAGAUGGAAAUAGAGGAAGAAAUGAGUAAGAAUGGGCAGACAAUAAGCCUACAAAUGUUGUUGCACUUGUAUGAUCGUGCAUGUAAAGCAGAAAUAAAAAAAUUAAGAAUCAAAAGAGAAAUAAUCAAAUGGUGGUACAAACUUUAUGAUGAAUUGAAAAGACUUCGAUCAGGUGUUAGUCGGGAUAAUUUAAGAAAUGAACAGAAAAAUCUACAAAA